AUGGAUUUCAGUGAUACUCCACCGAUCGUCCCCAACUGUCUUUUGGACCGUUGCGCCGACCCUGACCCGGAGACUGGGCCUGUCGCGCCCGCCGGUCCGCGGACCAUGGCCCUGGGCCUCACCCGCGGCUACGCAUCCGCUUGGAAAGUCCCGGAUGCUCUGCGCGAGCUGUAUCAAAACUGGAAGGAUGCCAUCCUACAGGCGCAUCCCGAGAUCAGCCUGCUGAACUUCGAGCCGAAAUACUCCGUGACGAAGGACAAGAAUGUGAUCACAUUCGUCGUCGAGCGCCCUCCGUCCGUGGAGCCUGUUAUCACUGGUCCGUCGUCGGUUCUGGGAUUCAUUCGGUUCGAUGUGCUCCAGGGCAGGGCCGAAUUCGCCAACCUGGGAACCACUCUGGGCGAGAACUGCCUCGAGCUCGGUCACAGCACCAAAACGGGCGACGAUGGCCGGCUAGCCGGCGGCCACGGCGAGGGUCUCAAGCUGGCCGCCCUCGUGCUCAGCCGCCACGGUCAUCAUGUCAGAAUUUCGACCAAUGGCUGCCACUGGACUUUCAACUUCAACGGCAGCAAGAAAUCCAACUUUUACUGCCGCAUUGCCCCGUCCAAGGCGAAGCGCGAGGCGGCUCCCAGCGGCCCGCCGGCAGAGGCUGCCAAGCUAACCGCCAGUGUGUGGGAGGACGUCUGCGUGACGAUCGACGGGACUUCCAAAGGCCAGCGGCUGGCAUACACGGAUUUCUGCGCCUGGGUGCAGCGUACGGUGGAUCUACACCCAUCGGUCCAUCGGAUUCGGACGACGGCGGGAGAGUUAUUGCUGAACCCAGAGCAUCAGGGACAGGUGUACCUCAAAGGCAUCCGCGUGAAUCACCAAAGCCUCGACACUCGCGCCUUUCACUGCGGCUAUGUUCUCGCCCACGGGCGCGUGGAUCGAGAUCGCCAACGGUUGGUGGACCCGCUGCAGGCCCGCGAAUCCAUCCACGCCAUCUGGCAAGAAGCAAUCCACAAGGAUGAAGCACGGGCACUGCCUCGGUACCUCGAGCUCUUGCUCACGCAUCCGUCCUCCGCAGAUGUGGCAGGGGCGGGGCAGCAGGUUCCGGAACGGACCGCACGGAAGCUGUGGGGGCUUUUGCGACAGCGCGCAGAACGAGAGAACACGUUCUUUUGCUCCCAGGCCCGUCAACACGCGGAUGCGUUCCUCAUUCAGUCGGAGCUCCAGAAGGAGCCGCGCGCAUUGCCCGACCUACUCUGGGAUGCGCUCCGCAGGUAUGGCCUUCUCCGGGACCCAUUGGAGGAGCUUCGUCACCGUCUGCAGAACGCGGACGCGAUCCAGGUGCCCCAAACGGCUGUCGCGCAGGGUGUAGCGCGGACUCUUCGCGCCUUGCUUGCGCUGAGCACAAGCACCGCCCGUACCCAGAUAGUGUUCGUCCGCUGCGAGACGCACGCCGUGGAUGUGGCGUACCAGCCCGAUCGCUACCGCCUCUACAUCCACGAGCGUUGGCUGCACACUCCACCGGAGACACCCUGUGGCGCACACUCCUCGGGCAGGAGCGCCCUGCUCUGGCCGCAGAUCGCCGAGGAAUUGUAUCACCGGGCCAUGACGAUCAUCACCAGCCCAAGCGGCGCAAGUGCGCGGCUUUCGGACGCGGUAUUGCGCGCGCGCUUGCAGAGGGCGCACCAAAAGCUGCGCGAGAUGCCGCGCUUGAUUCGCCAUCAGCAAACAGCCGAGGGGCAGGUGGUCUCCUUUGCCACGGGCCACGGCCUCGACUACGUGGAGCUGUGCAGCACGCAGGUCUACUACCUGGUGGUCCUACACCAUGUCGGGUGUCCCGCUACAGGCAGUCUUCUGUACGAUCCUGGCCGAGACACCUGUCCGUGCCCGCGGCAGGUCACCGCCUUGGGCACCCGAAAGGCCACCUUCUCUGGCCUCGGCGACAGGUCAUGGGUGCCAAUGAUCUGCAAGGCGCAGGGCCUCCACGGCGAAGACACCGACUCGUGUGUCCCGGCCGAUCUCCAGGGCGAGGGCGGCGCAUUGAUCGGAAGCUCAUUCACGACAUUGCCACCACCUCCUGCCUCCGGACAGCCUCACUCUGUGGACGGUCGCCCUCCGAGGCUCUGGACACCCCAGGAUGGAGCGGUCCCGUCCAGCAAUGACUGUCAGAAGGGGCCGGUCGGCGAGCAUUCCCAGUGGGCCCCAAACCCGGUGGACAAAACGGUUAACAAACCUCCGACUCCAAGCCUCGAUGAAUGCCGUCUGCAAUCUCCGCCGUACGGUCACCACGCUGGUCACGAGCGAAUGAGCCAAUCGAUAGAGUCUGUUGGCGGGGCUGUCAGAAUGCCAGCGAAUAGCACUGAAGGACUAGCCGCGGAGCCUGUCGCCGAGCCCCGGGCUGCACCGGCGAGCUGCAGCCGCGAGCAAUGA